UUGCGCGCCAUUGUGCGUCGUACAAAGUGAUGUUGAAAUUGUUUGAUUUAUUGAAGAAUUUUAAACUCAAUUUAUUUGCAGUUUUUCAAGCUUAAUUCAUUUACAUCUUUUAAAUCGAGCGCGAGAUCUUUUAGAUCCAACAUUAUAGUAAUUACAAUUGAUAAUUUGGAAUUUUAAUUUGAGAUGUCUGCCAUAUUUAAUUUUCAGAGCCUACUGACUGUAAUAUUAUUGCUAAUAUGUACCUGUACCUACAUUAGAUCGCUGGCACCAAAUUUGUUUGACAACCGGCUAGGAAAGGUUGGUUUUCAGGGUACUUUUUGGAAAUGUGCUAGGAUUGGGGAAAGAAAGAGUCCAUAUGUGGCUUUUUGUUGUAUUUGUAUGGCCUUUAGCAUUUUAUUUUGGUCGUAACAUUCUUACAUGGGUCGUCCUGACCAAUGCAUUUGAUGUAUAUUCCAAAAUUAUAACCUAAUAUAUAUUUAUGUAUCUAAGGUUCAAGAUGUGAGAAAAUAAAAAAGCAGUUUUGAUAUCUGUUUGUCGACAAAUAGCUAUAUUUGCCGUUUUAAUAAUACAUAAAAAAUACACUCGUUUAAGCUAGACUUAAAGUCAAAACGAACGUCACUGCUAAAUGCAUGAUAGUUUUUUUUUCUUAUUUGUCAACACAUUUUCCCUCCUCAAAGCCAUAUCAUCCAAUUUGAGCACAUUUUCUCAUUGUAUUCUCAUAAUAUAUUUUUCCGUCCUAUAAACAACAACAUUCUUUUAAUAUAAUUAUUGUAAAGUUAUUAUAUAUUGAGCAUUCUGUGAUAUACAAGGUUCGUUAGAUAGGUACAUUUAACACAUUUUUGCUCUGUGUGGGAUAUGCUACUUUUUUCAUGACAGUAAACGAUGCAAUGUAACUAAGACUUGUACUUCAUAUUGAUGGACAUUAUAGAACUUUUUAAGAUUGACUCAUUUUUAUCUCUUUUUUUUUUUUUUUCAUCAACUUUAAUACUCUCCGAGUUGAACAUUGCUAAU